AUGGAUAUUAGCGACGAUGAGGAUCUUUUGGCAAUCGAAGAAGAAGAGGAAGAUGAGAGCCAAAAAGAAGAAGUUGACUCUGUAAUUGUUGAAGACAUCCGACGUCGACUUUUUGAUGUUUUUAAGAUGUUCGAUGAGGACUGUGAUGGAUUGAUUGAGACAGAGGAAAUUGGACAUGUGCUUCGCUGUUUUGGUUUGAACCCGAGUCAAACUGAACUCCAGCUGGUCAGUGAGCAAACAGCAAAGAAGAAUGGGCGUGUCUCAUUUGAAGAUCUUCUGCAACGUGUCGUUUCUGCGAUUCAAAACGAAGAAUGGAAGGAUGAUACUCCGAAACAGAUUCAUGCAGCAUUUCAAGUGAUCACUUCUAACAAUUAUGUUCAGAAAGAUACUCUUCUUCAACUUUUGACUUCGAUUGGCGAGCCAUUGACAGCUCAAGAAGUCAAACAGUUUCUGAAUCAUGUCAGCAUACGUGGCAAUGGAGAUAUCGAUUGGGUUGCUUAUGUGAAAGACACCUGUGAGAUGAUUGCAUCUAAAGAUUGA